GGUCUUGUUGCGAGCGAGACACUGCCAACCUCGCCACACGUCGAACCUAACCGGGCCAUUCAACGCUCAACGUCAAAUCAACAGGUUUUGGAGCACGUAGCGGCCGAAAGCAGCGGCCGAUGAUGUAAUUUGGCGUCUAGGGAGUAAACAACCAUCUAAGGUAUCCAAGGUAUGGGUUUUUAACGACUUUCAAGCGGACUGCGUGACGCCGAGGCACGACUUGCAGUCCUUAAAUUGGCAGUGGACGGGCGGCGUGACACAUACGACGCCAUGGCCUCGAAGCACUGCGUGUUCCUCGUGUUGGUCGUCGCGCUCUGCGUCGCGGUGGAAGCGGCCCGCCGACCCAUUGGUCUCCCGAAGCCCAGCACCAAGGUGACCAAGCCCACGUCCGCCCAGGCCCACCAGUUCGUGACGCAGUGCAUGGCCCUGGCCAAGAAGGGCUUCAGCUCGGGCAGCAAGCCCCACUCGGACCUGACGGAUUGCCACGCGGACCUCUACGAAGACGACCUGCCCAACUACCUGGCCAACAUGAAGCGCUGCGUGGAGCCGGCUGCGUUCUUCAAGCUGCAGCGCUGCAUCAACGGCCGCAUCGCCAGCCUAGGCUAGACUUCCAGCUGCACGCGCACAGCACUGAGAAAAUCUUACAAACGAUUUUGGGCCUUCCUAAGAAAAGCAGUUAUUGUUAUAAAAUAGUAUUUUGAGCAUACAUAAGCUUACUAAGAAAAUACUACGUAGUUAAUGACCUA